CGUGGUUUUGCUGCUAUACGAGUUGUUUUUCGACGCUUGCCGCGCGUCGUUUCCCCUCACUACAGUGGUGUUAUUAGAAAUCUGUGAAAUGUUGAAUGAGUGCCAACUGUGCCAGACCCAAUCUCAACCUAAAGAAUCGCUUGUCUCCAUCGCUUUCGUCGGAAAAAGUUAAUUUUCCACAAAUUAAUGUGUCAGCUGGAGUAUUUGCUUUAUGACCUGCUGCGUAGCUGCAGUGUUGUUCCAGUUGAAAAGAGUCGAAUCACCUUGGUGAUCCGGGCAGUGGCGGCGGCGGAAGCGGCAGCAGUGGCGGCGGCUACUGGCAGCUGCACCUGGACCGCGACCUUAUCGAUACCAUCAGCGCCAUCUAUCCAGAGUGGUUUAAAGGAGGGACCAAUAUGGCGGAGGGCGGUGGCGGAAAUAGCUCAAAGGCGGCGGAUGGGGGCGGGAGGGAUUCUCCUCCCUCAUCGCAACCCAGGGAAUCCCCGCCAAAGGCUGUCAUCGACACUACGCCGAUACACAUGGACCAAAAUAAAGAAUCCCUGAAAGUGAAACUUCUCCUACGGCGGCCUUUUGAUCAGCUUGUCGCACAGGGGAUCAUGCCUCCACACAAAACACCUGCAGCCUACCAUGGUCAAAGACGGCAGCUGGAACGGGCAAAAACUGGAGAUAUGCUCAAAGCCAAAAUCCAGCAAAGGCCUCCUAGGCAAGAGCUGGAGAGGCGACACAUUCUGGAGGCAGAUCCUGGCCACGUUGACCCCAGCUUGGCCGAAAGGCAACGGAUGCUCAAGAAGGCCAAACUAGCCGAUCAGCUCAACGAUCAACUCUCACAUAGGCCCGGUCCUCUCGAACUCAUCCAAAAGAACAUUCUUCAUACAGAAGAACAUAUAGAACAGGCUGUCAAGACUGGAAGGAUACCCUACAAGGCGACCAGCGAGGGCCAGCUUAACAGGCCACAGUUACCUAGCAAUUACAUCAAUCCAGAAGAGGACUCGCAAAGCUCCGAAGGUGAUAAUACGGUCAGCCCGAGUCCUUGCGACGUGCUCGAGACGGCGGCCAAAAGCGCGGGCAUAGUGGUAUCCUUGAUUCAACCCAGUGAAGGUAGCACGGUCGUGGUGACGUCUGCCACCCCCAUUCUGAAUAAAGACACCAGUGAAAUAGUGUUCGCUGAUUUGUGCCGUUCAGUUACUGCCCCCUUAAUUUCUCAACAGCAACAGCAAAGUCCUGCGGCGUCAUUAGUUUCUUCCACAUCUACUCUCAGUCCUCUUUCCUCUGUGUCCAGUCCUGUGCCUUCGGUAGUGUCUCAACCAGCUACUCCCGUACCCCCACCACCUCCCCCGCCUAUAUCGCUGGUCACGAGGGCUGCGCCUUCACCCAAAACCGACGCACCUGGUAAGGACAAGAACAGAAAAAAGAGCAAGUCCAAAACUGCUCCAAAAGCUAGGACCAUCAAAUUCCAUGAGUACAAGGGACCACCCAGUGCUCAGAAAGCUGCUGCAGCUACUCCCAGCUCUGGAGAGAGCUCGUAUGACCUCCUGUUGAAGCAACAAACCUUGUUGCUGCAGUUCCAGUUGCAGUUGCAGCACAAGUACCCUCAGAUCAUCUUACCCGCUUCCCAGAAGACUACUAGUACCGAGAGUAAUAAUAGUAAUGGUAGUAUUAGUAACAAUUCCAAUACACAGCAGUCUUCGCCGUUAUCUUCAACUUUCUCGGAGUCUUCUACUAGCUGUACAAGGAUCUCGGGAAGGUUGGAGGAUAUGAAGGUUAGUGAUUUGAAAGCGGAGCUUAAACGCCGUAACUUGCCAGUUUCAGGUUCCAAACCGCAGUUGAUAGAACGGUUGAAACCAUUUACGAAUAGUUCCAAUGAUAUUGUCAAUCAAAACCCUAGUUCUGUUGAGUCUUCGGUGCAUAGCAGCAAUAUGGACCAAUCCCAUAACUCACCGUCGUAUCAAGAUAUUGAUUCGCCAGCUAGUUCUGUAAAAGAGGAUCUUUGUGAACAAAUGGAUGUGGAUCCUUUGAGUCCAGCUCCUAAUAAGAUGCAACAUGAACCUUUUCAACAACAAGCACAGGUACAACAAACAGAACCUAUAGAAAACUUGGUGCAACAGAAGCAAAAAUCUAAUGAAGAGAUCGUUAGAGAACAGCAAAGGCAAAUUGAAGAGUUACAGCGGGAGCUGACACUUUCACAAUUGAAGCUGCAGGCAGCUACAAGAAGUGAACCAAAAGCACAAAUGAUUGCGUUGCAGAAACACCUGCAAGGUAGGCAGCAACAACAGCAACAGGCAAAUCUGAUGCAACAAAUGAAGCAACUUCAAGCAUUGCAAGAGAAACAAGCUCAGAUAAACGAAGAGCAACAAAGGUUACAGCAACAGCAACAUGUUGCCUUCCAAAACCAGAAGAACAUUUCUAGUGGGCUGUUGUUGAAUGGUACUGAUGCCGCCCUGGUUUUCAACCAGUUGAUGCAAGGUAAGGCCAAAGUGGUUAAUGGGCAUGCUAGGCACAACUCGUUGCCAAAUUUGAUCAGCUCAUUAGUGUCUCCAAUCAUUACAACUGAGUCGAAAGCCAAUUAUAUAGACACGAAUGGUGCAAUACCAGAAAUUAAAAUUGAGUAUAACAGUGAAAGUAAGCCACCACCUCCUCAGUAUGAUGAAGCAACGAAACACUUGAAUAACACCAAAAAGAAUCAUAUCAAAAGCGAGAUUGUUGAUGACGUUUUAGAAAUCCUAAUAAAAAAUGGCGAGCUGCCUCCAAGUGCUGCUAAUGACCCUGUGACACCAGGAUCGGCAGGGAUUAGAUCGACUGAACUGAUUUUUCAAACUAACGUUCAAAUGAACAAUAACGAUACUCAAACAAAUGGCAACAUUGACAUUAAUAACCCAGAAGAUGCUCUCGGUAUAGACCCAUCUGAUCUUCUGGAGACUUUGGACAAUAUCGAGAACAUGGACUUCUCUCAACUUGUCAUGGAGCUGGGCGGCUGUCAAUCAGCGCAAAAUGAAAAUAAUAAUCUUCCGACCCACUCACUGCCGGAGAACAUGGAGAGUAUGGACACAGAUGAUUGGUUAGCGUCGCUGCUGCCUUCCAAUGACAAUAUGUGCAAUAACUCUGCCCCAUUGGCUAGUCAUGAAACAGAUCUCGGUGGUUACGAUCCCUUAUUGGGCAUCGCGCAGGAUCCUUUCGAUCCUUUCAAUUUGGAAGAGUUCAGGGGCGCGACAGAUUUGACGGUACCACUGUCUUGGGACAGGGUUGACUAUGCUGCGUAAUAGUAGGUGGAAGCUUCUGAAAGAAUAUAUUCAGACAUCCGUACUAGUCUAAAAGCUGGUGCUAUAAGGUAGCGCAUGCUUUUGUCAAAGUUUUCCUUUUCUGUACCUUCUCGUUCAGGUGCCCAGGAGGAGGGCAUUGUACCAACCACCUAAAACUUUUCACGACUCUUGACUUCACGAGUGGAAAGAGUGGAUAACUUGGUUACCUCCGGCAAUCUAAUCUACAAGGUCGAAGAAAGAAGACCAAGAUCUUUUAAAAUCAUGCGGUACAAUUGCAAAGGAAAUUAAAAUUGAAGGUUCAAAAUGGUCGAAGAUAAUACAUAUAAGUCGCCUGAACAUUCCUAAAUUCUGGUAUAGUACAAUUCUUCCGAACGACAUAUUAUGACAGACGUUUCAAAGGUUGGAGGUCCCAGUUGAUCACAGGAGCAUUGAUACAGAUUCACAUAGUCCGGGCAAUAUCUUCGCAUCUGAUGAGCAAGAUAUUCAGAUUUAAAUUUUUUGCAUACCCUUAUUUAAAAGGGUUCUUUUUAACAAAUCUGCAUGUUGCCAGACCCAAAUUUACGUCAGAGAUUUGUUGAAAAAUUUAAAUUAAAUAUUUCGCUUCAAUUAACGUGAUUCUGUGUUUUUCAAAAAUGUUUCAAAAAAUUUGAGAGCGAAAAAAACAAUUUUUGAAAUACAUAUGUUUACUAAAAUUGUCUAAACAUUCUUUGACGCAAAUUUGGGUCUGGCAACAUGCAGAUUUGUUAAAAGGAGCACUUUGUGAAUAACAUUAUGUAAAAAUACGGAUUAGAAUAUGUUUCCCAUCCGAUGCGAAGAUAUUGCACGGACUAACAGUUCUUAUUCGGCUCCGGAAGUGGAAGGUGUUGAGAAAAUAUCAGCUACAGAAUGCUGUAUCUGCUGGCGUCCCGUUACCAGCGAUCUACAUAUUCGAAUGGGCCAUAGUCUUGACUGUGACGAUAGUUUUGAAAUCUGAAACUAGCGCUGUUUUGUGUGAAUUCCCAAGUUCCAUUUUCAUGGAAUAGAAGAACAGUUUAGUACAUCCUACCUUCACUGUCUCACUAUUUAGUAUUACUACUGAAGUGAACAAAAACAAUCAUUAUGAUUUGAGAGGUUAUAGGUUUUAAAGUAGCUGCUUUUUGUUCCUGAACUAUGAUCAACUUAUUAGAAAAUUCCUUUGUUUUACAGUUAUGCUUAAUGAAAAAGUGUUGGAGAUAUGAAUUAUUCAUUUAAAUCUUGAAAGAGUGAUAAAUUCCGGCUCAGCUACAUAUUCCACUUGACAUAAUAAUAUGAAAAGGAUAACGUACAGCACCGAAGGUUUACGGCUGCGAGUCAAAAUUUAAGUUUGUAUAAAUUGAAAUAUUAAUAAAUACUACUAAUAUUGCUAAUUACUGAAUUUGAUAGUAGGAUCGGUAAAACAAUAGUACAAGAUAUAUUGAAAAUAGUUUGGAUCACUACACAUAUGAAAAUUUCCAAACUGAACUAUCUUGCAUUGUUAUGCAAGACAGAAUACGGUAUGAGUACGCUAAUACAGACGGAUACGUAAUACAUCAAGUUUUGGGGCGUUUUUCUCUUAUGUCCCCGGUUCUCCUGGUAUAUGGGCUCCAUGGUCAUUACUGGAAAUCACUCUAACGUCACUCAUUUGUCAACGCAUUUGCGCGAACAAUAAGUAAAGGCUUAAAAAUUGUGGUUGGAACUCACUGAAACGCCAGUUACCGAUAGUUACGUCACCACUGGAAUAAUUUUGACAACCACACUAGCGCCGCCUAGCGGGAGCAAAAUUGGACAUUGUAUGACGUCAACAGUGUGCUCUAAAAAAUAUUUGAUAUUGAGUCACUUGCGUCAUCGCUGACCGCCCACAACUAUAGUUGCAAAGCCUACAUUCAAGGGUAUUCAAAAGAGUUUAAAAAUAGCAUAAGGUAAAAAUAAAUAAUAUCUACCGUAAAACUUGUGUGUUGUACGUAACAAGGAAAUCUAUGACAUUCCACAAAUUGAAAAUGGCCGUCGUUUCGCCAGAUGAAAUGGCGCGGGACCAGGGCGGCUUUACUGGCCAGGGAGCACAUCACUUGUCUAACCUUUUUUCCUAUAUUUAUACGCAGAGCGGUACUUGAAACAUGUCGGAAAUAUGUUAUCACGCUUUUAUAUGGAUAGUAACAAAUGUAUAUUUGCACAUGAGUGCUAGCAUUCAUCAUUUAUUUUUGCUUUUCAUAAUAUCUGAUGUGAACAUUCCGUACUCACAGAUCCCUUGUUAAUCUUAUCAUACAUUUCUAAGGGUACCACGAUACAGUAGCACUCAAUCAUUCAGUGGUCCUUUUUUGAAAUUACAGAUAUAGUUUACGCAUUCGGAUAGAAUAAUUUGUGGCACAAGUAUUACAUUAAAACACUGGAGAAAUCAAAUGUUACCUUUGUUUGAAAAACAUCGUCACAUCGUCAGAUAAAGAGUUUUGCCAAGUAGGAGCACAGGUAUUUACAGAUUAAUUAUUUUCUCUUAGUGUUUUAACUGUGUAUCUAUUAACUUUCGUACUCUUUUGAUUCUUGAAAACUAAAUUAAUAGUAUUUGCCUAUACUAAUCAUUUUAAAAUUUGGUAUAAAAUGUUGCCAAGAAUUAUUGUUCGAUAAAGGGAUACCCUAUAUAUUUUGACUGGUUUUCCUAGGACCGCCAUGUGUAUAUGUAUAUAGUAUGUGUAUAUAAUGUUAUAUUAUUAUAAAAUAUUAUUUAGUGGUAUGUGAGCAUAUCUAGUACUUUAUUGUAUAUACAAUACUUGUACACAUCUAAACAAACUUGGACGGUUGCUAACGCAUAUCUCUAUCUAGAGCAACGCCUGUCAAUACAGCGUAAUCUUCAUAUGUCACAGUAUGCACAUUUUUCCGGUAUCCACUAACAAUUUUAUAGGCAUAAAUAAUCGAACUUCAAAUAUUAUUGGGAUAUUUUGAAUAAACAUUCCUUGUGAUAAAUUCACCAUAGAUAACAAAAGUCGUGUUAAGGGACAAGUCGGUAAAAUCCAUUUACAUGAUAGUUACACAUGUGGUUAUAUUUAGAAUAAAGAAAUUUGGCUGGAAAACAGUAAAAAAUCAAACGGUUUGGUUGUUUACGUUAAGAACAAGUGGAUAUAUUUUUGGCAUCUCAUUGCCUAUAUAAUCGUAACUGAAAAUACUCAUUUGGAAAAACUGAGACAUUUUUAAGUCUAGUCACAAUAUACUUUAUUAUAUGAAAUAUACAAGAGUAUUAUUUUAGCUGUAUAUGAAUCAUAAAACCUUAAUGUAGAUGCGUUUAUUUUUAUACCGAGCUAUAUUUAACUAAGGAAUAUUAUACUAUUCAUCCGCAAUUUCAUAAUCCAUAUAUUUCCUUUACCAUUAUCUUCAGAAAGAGACGGUUAUAAAAUAAUGGCCUUGCCUAACGUAACAGAUGAAAUAUGUUUGUCGAAUGGUAUAAAUUUUAUGUUUCAAGAAAAACUUCCAAACAGUUUUAGCAUGUGAUUUAGUUGAAACGAUUUGCACUAAACCUUUUUGGGUGUAUGUACUCGUACGUAGUAAUGUCAUUUUCGUAUUCACCCCUGUGAUGAUAUUUUCUGAUUAACGUGGCAUCAAUAUGAAGAUACGGAAAUCAUUUGAAAAUCAGCUUUGACACUUCAUAUUUCAUGAAAUAAUACCAUCUUCUUUCCAACAUAUUACAAGCAUCGCAUUUCUCAAAUUCUACAUACAUUGGGGAUAUUUUAAAUGAUAUUCUAAAGGUAAACGUAAAAAAAACGAUUUCUUUCAAUAUUAAAUGCUAAUCUAACGUAACAUUCGCGUAUGUACUGAAAUGCAUAAAUACUAUGCGUCAUUGAACUGUAGGUCGAUAUAUCAGGACCAAAUAAUGUAACUAAGAAAAUAUUAGAUUUUCUUCGUAAGUCUAAUUUGUAACUUUAGUGAGUAAGUUUCCGUUAUUUUGUAUUCCAUUUACUACAAUUUCCUAUCGACCUUAACCAGUGAAAAAUUAGCAUCUUCUAAGUUUGUCUAGAUCAAUCAAUCCAGUGCUUAUAGAAGGUGAAAACAAAAAUUUUCGUGCCGUGGUGCAUGUUACAUCAUAUUUUGUACUAAAAACAUUACUUUAUCCCAUGCUUUCCUGCAACUUUCUAUACGUACUGGAUUAUAAAUGAAUCGUGUGAUUAUAUUUGCUAUAUGUACAGAUUGUUUUGUGACAAAGUCGCUAUUAUUUGUUAUUUCAAAUGUUAGACAUUUAUUUUGUUGACUAUUUGUACUUAGACAGUCAAUCGCAUGGCUGUAAUGCGUUUCCAUCCCCUUUCAACAGGUAUUAGUUCAAUAUGUAUGUUAGCUACUUUUUAGAUAAUUUUGCUCAGGCUUUAUUCAAGGUGACGCAUAAUAGCUUCAGCAUUAGUAAAAAAUUGAUUCAAAAUUAUCUUAUGGUGGGUGACCUAUAGGCAAUUUCAUCUUAGUUAACUAAACCCCUUGACAUCUGAUAGCUAUGGUUUAUACUGUAUAGUCCUUUCAGCAGGGCUGUAGUUCUUUUUCCAAUCGUUUGUUUGGUUUCAGUGGUAGUAAACAAUAUGUUUAACCACACUGCACUAUUUUUUUUACAAAUUCACCCUUUACGCGUAUAUUAGGUAAUCUUUUCCUGUAGUAUUUUAAGCAAUUUUAUUUUUUUAUACCUAUUGACAGGGGCAAUGGAAUUUUUCGCCUAAAAGUGUAUAAAAAUAUAUACAGAAAUGCCUUAUUAAGAAUCCGUAUUUGUCAGGAUAUAAGUGCUAAUAUUAUAAACUACACUCCGUACUGUAAUAGUUUUAAGUGUAGAUUCAGUCAAACGUGUCAACAUGAAGUUCUUUCGUACUGCGCGAGUUCCAAUCCAUAUGUGUAUAUUCAUUGCUCAUUCCUGAAUGAUACUUUCAUAAUGCUAGUAACUGGACCUUUCGCAGUAUAAAAGAAUUGAGAUACUGGGUUUAUGUAAAUGCAGAUGUACAGUGGCGCUGCAUCGUUGCUUCAAUUUAGUAAUAUUUAUUGACAUGUUUGAUACAGCAGUUUUGACAUGGUAACAGUAUGUGAAUAAAUCCAGGUUUUUUGCCAAAUAAAAUAAUGAAUAUUUU